AUGGAGGAAGUUGAACAAGCUAGUAGAACAGCUGUUGAGAGCUGUCAUAGAGUUCUGAGUAUGUUAUCUCAACCAAGAGAUCAAGUUCAUCAUAAGAAUUUAAUGGUGGAAACUGGUGAAGCUGUGAAUAGGUUCAAGAAAGUUGUGUCUUUGCUUCAUGAUGGUAUGGGUCAUGCAAGAGUUAGGAAGUUUAGAAAUCAGAAACAAGUUCCUUUUCCUCAAAAUGUUUUCUUGGACAAUCCCGUUUGCAAGAAACCGAACAACCAUCACACCAAAAAGGUUCAUUUUGCUCAUAUUACUUAUCUGGAGAAUUCGGGUAAGGAACUUGCACUGACCGUGAGAAAUCCAAACACUUCUUUGGAAUUGAGCUCUAAUGGGAAAAGUCCUCUUCCCCUUGCUCAACAAGCUGCGUCGACCCAGUCGACUCACUAUCAGUUCUUUCAGCAUCAGCAGCAGCAGCAGCAACAGAGAUUGAUGAUGCAGCAGCAACAGCACCAGCAGCAGCAGCAAAUGAAGCAUCAAGCAGAAAUGAUGUUUCGAAGGAACAUUAACAGCAUAAACCUUAGUUUUGACAACACUACUAGCGGCACGCCGACAAUGUCGUCUACUAGGUCUUUCAUUUCGUCGUUGAGUAUAGACGGAAGUGUUGCUAACAUGGAUGGAAGUCAGUUCCAUUUAGUAGGAGCUCCGAUCUCUUCGGAUCAGAAUUCACAACAGCACAAGAGAAAAUGUUCGGCUAGAGGCGAUGAGGGAAAUCUGAAAUGUGGUAGCAGUUCAAAAUGCCAUUGCUCAAAGAAGAGGAAGCAUAGAGUGAAGAGAUCAAUUAAGGUGCCUGCUAUCAGCAACAAACUUGCCGAUAUCCCUCCUGAUGAUUACUCGUGGAGGAAGUACGGGCAGAAGCCGAUCAAGGGCUCUCCUCACCCUAGGGGAUAUUAUAAGUGCAGCAGCAUGAGAGGAUGCCCGGCUAGGAAGCAUGUCGAGAGGUGCUUGGAAGAGCCAACUAUGCUAAUUGUUACCUAUGAAGGGGAGCAUAAUCACCCCAAGGUACCAACUCAAUCUGCAAAUGCAUGA